AUGACGACGACGUCGAGAGAAGUGCUCACUCGGUUGCGACUGAUUGUCGUGCCACGGCGGCGGAUUUUUCCAUCAUCAACAACAACAUCAACAACGUCUCUGAAGAGUUUAGCUGAAAAAGGAGGCAGAGGUAAAGACGGUGGAGAAGAUGCGUCGACGUCGUUAUCAUCAUCAUCAUCAACAGCAACGACACAAAAGAGCGACGAAAAUAUUUUCUUCUUCAUACACGCUUCGGCGAUUCGAGAACCAAAUCCGAGUCGAUACGAGCGAGCCGUUCGCGUCGUGCGAGAAAACGAAGAGAAAGAUGCAUUGAAACGGUUCACGCCGCUGUUCGUGAAUAGCUUGAAAGAGAAAGCGUCCGCGUACGCCUCGAGAACCUGGCAAACGUGGGAGAAGAGCGAGAAAGGGUUUGGACGGAAAGUCUAUGAUAUCGCGCAGAAGUUGUUAGAGCGAGUGGAUCCGGACGAAGACGUGUUGAAAGCGAUACCGUCGAAGGCGCUCGGUGCGACGCUUUCCUCCUGCGAAAUCGUGUACCCAAAGUCGUUGAUGCACGCGGAUGACGUGCGCGUAGCCAUACGAGACCUGCUGAAGAGAGGGAAGAAGAAAGCGAGACGAGCGAAGUAUUUCAACUUGGCGUGCGCGCCGUUUACGCUCCCGUUGUUUCUUUCACCGGUGUCAAACUUUCCCAUUUAUUGGUUCUUAUAUCGAGCGAGAGAAGCUUGGAUUGGAUGCAAAGGCGCGGAAUCCGCGAAAGAGAUACUACAAAGACGGUUAGAACAACCAGAGUUGAUUGGCGAGGACGAUAGAGAGAUUCAAAAGUUAACGGAGUUUGAGUGUACGCGUUCUAGCGAUAACGAAGAUGAUGGUAAUAAAAGUACCGAAGCGUGUUGUCGAAUCGCGGCGCACGACGAAUCGAACUGCGCCGUGACGUUUGCGCCGUGCAAUAAACUAGACGAAGUGUUCGGUUCUUUCUCUUCAUCCUUUGCGAGCGACGAAAAAAAACUGAACUUUUGGCGUCGGCUGACGGCUGUUCAGUUAGACUCGACGGAAAUCGAAGAUAAUUAUGAGAUGAACUUUGUGCGCGCUUUAGGAGAGAUUGAAAAACUCACCGGAGCGAAUGACAUGGUUUCGUUACAUAAAAGAUACGAAAGGUUCCGAGCUUUGAACGCGAAAUAA